UCAAAACCAGUAGAGAUUUUGUAUAUAAUUUUUGUUCGUUUUGGUUAAUACUAUUCAGUCAUUUACAUAUUCUUAUUGUCAGUGACUUUGAAUUGUACAUAGGUGUUACAUAUGUUUAUAGGUAGAUACUAAUAAAAUAUAAAUACAGAAUAUACUAAAAUUAUUGAAGUGAUUUAGUUAAUUUUAUGGCUAAAGUUACGUAAAAGUGGUACUAAAUUGUAGGAAAGAUUGAAAGUUUCAUGUAUGCACAUAAAUGUAUAUAUCUGUAAAAGCAAAAUAUUUGGCAUAGUUUUCUUUCCUGCUGCAAAUAAAAUUAAUAAGUUAAUAAGUUUUCUCUUGCUAUGUAUACAUACUUCUUAUAAUAAUUUUUCAUGAAACUCUAUUUAAAUUAUAGUGCAAAUAAAUAUUUUUACUGUUGUUGAGAAAUUUAGUAGUCUAGGUCUGAGAAGGUGAAGGCAAAGUUUAUGACCACCGUUGAGCAUUUUGGCCUUCGGAUUAAUAAGUUAUGAUGUUACAUAGUAUAUAUUUAGAUAGUCAAAAUUAGCCCGAAUUAUGGACAGGUUCGAUGCCUGCAAAUUUGUAUCACAAUUUGGUCCAUUAAGCAAGAUUUCAUAGAUUUGCUAGUACUCGGGUUUGGAUAAAAUGACUCAGUUUCUAAUGAAAAAGUUUGCACGACGGAUUAAUCACAUCAUAGAAAUAAGACCAAUCCUGUCCCAUUGGUGACACAGAGAAACGAGUUUGCACUCAUGACCCAAGAUUACAAUUCUACUCGCUAUACAGAUGCAUGUACUUAACAAAUAAGAAAAACUCAUGAUCUAACUAAUCUUGAUACUGAACUGAGGAUGAGUAAACGUAUUUAUAUAAAAUCAUCCACAUCCAGAAUUCAUGAAUCAGUUGCACACAUGUUUGCCUCUCAGAACGAUCUCGAUAAGCUCAAUCUUGAAGAGACCGGUGUAACCGAAAGUAAACGUGAAACUCAUAUUAUCAAACACUAAAAUGGGUGCCUCAAAUUCCUCCAUAGUGGUCCGAAACCGAUCCAGCCACAAAAUCCAUGCUCGUUGCGACCAGUCCGCCGAGUCCGGAUAUUUCCAGCCCGGUCAAGAAUUGCGCAUGGGAAUCGGUCCUGACGGAGUGAAACAGGUCCACGUGAAAAUGUUUGACUCCGCCGACACCGUCAUUAACGAGUGGACUCAUCAAGAGAACAUCACUGGAGGAAGAUCCUGGUACAUCGAUGCCCGUGAGGAUAACUUGAUAGGAUGUCUCACCUUUGAAAAAGUUGGGUACGACUUGCCAUGGUGGAUUCAGCAAAAAACGUUUAGCUGGAUAAGGGUUAUAACGCUGAAAAUGUCUCCGCCCGUGGCGCCACCGACUGCGACAUCAUGGUCCGCCACAUCGAUGGAACAAGGAUUACUUUAUCCAAAAGGUGGCGUUUACGUGCCUUUCCGUCCAAACGAAGUGGACGCCACGAUAUUAGAAUUCGCCGAACGGUUGGGGUGUUCCGAUGGAGCUUGUUAUUAUCAAGGCAGCCUGCGAAGUAAGGGCAUCAUUAAGGAGAGAUGCGUCUCAAAUUAUGGGAAACUUAUAAUCUUGGCGCACUGCAGUUUUAAGGCGCCGUUCGGAAUGAAAUCUAAGAUUGGCGGGGGUUCGAACAUUCUAUCGCCGGCGGAUGUGAUUGAGAAAUUGUGUUAUGAUUUGGGGGUCGAUUGGGUGAAAGGAAACGUAGAAAGGAUUUAUUUGGUGGGUUGUUACACGGGAGGGUUUUCCUUAUCGGGGGGUCCACCAAGUGCCUCGUUCGCACUGAAUUUUGUAAACGAGUGGAAAUCUAGGUUUACUUUUCACCCUGUUUUGUUAGUGGCGUAUUGUCGUGCUGUCGCGAUAGAUGGGAACGGGAAGGUUUUGUUGGAGAAGGUAAAAAUUGAUAGGAGUGAUCCGACCGAACCGAUCAGGGACGUGGGGAAGUAUGAGGGGAGGCCGCAAGAUUAUGUACUACUUUUAGAGUCAGGGGUGAAAAGUGAGAUAUGUUAUGCUUGAAAUGGGAAAAUAUUGCUGAUAUGAAG